GUCAACAUGUGUCCAGGUUGGAGUCCAAUACAGGUGGACCUUUUAAUUUAAAAUAGUUACUGGAUCUGUUCUUGGGGAACAUGAGAACAUUUUUAUUAAAGAUUCUGAGGUCCUUCUGUUAGCGCAGCAGUCUUGGAGGAUUUAAAAAGUCUCUGGCCAACACUGAAGACACAAUAUGAUCCUCAUUUUUGAUGGAAAACGACAUUUUAUUUUUCACUUGUCUCUUGGCCUGUUGAGUUUCCUGCAGUUUACAGAAUGUGAGAAUAUUAGGCUGGUCGGACCUUCGCAUUGCUCUGGUAGAGUGGAGGUCUUCCACAAAGGCAGUUGGGGAACUGUCUGUCACGAUCAGUGGAGCAUUGCUAACGCUGAGGUGGUGUGUCGAGAGUUAAGCUGCGGGACAGCUAUCGAGGCUAAAAAAGACGCCUUCUUUGGACAGGGAAAGGAUGAGAUCUGGUUGGAUGACGUACAGUGUACUGGGCAUGAGUCUUCCAUCCUUCAGUGUCAGCACAAACCGUUUGGGGUAAAUAACUGUGGCCACAAUGAAGAUGCAGGAGUGGUCUGUUCAGAACAUGUGCGCUUUGAGAAAGGAACCACUCGUUGUAAUGGCAGAGUGGAAGUCUACCACAAGGGUCAGUGGAAAAGAAUUUGCAAUGACUGGGGCAAGGAAGCAGCUCAGGUGGCGUGCAGAGAAGCCGGCUGCGGCGAUCCUCUCGGUCAGAAUGAAACACCAUAUUUUGGAGAAGCACGUGAACUGUCUGCCAUCAAAACCACUUGCUCUGGAAAUGAGAACUCAAUCUCACAGUGCAAACUUAAAGAUUUCAGAGAAAGCUGUGUUGAUGCUACUGUUGUCUGUGCAAACAGUCAACCCAUUCGGCUGGUGAAUGGGACUAAUCGCUGCUCUGGUAGAGUGGAAAUCUACUAUAAAGGACAAUGGGGAACAGUUUGUGAUGACAAAUGGGGGAUGCAAGAUGCAGCUGUAGCUUGUCGAGAGAUGAACUGUGGGAAUGUUCUCUCAGUCAAGUACAAGGCUUACUUUGGGAGAGGCCAGGAUCAGGUUUGGUUGGAUGAGAUGGAGUGCACUGGUCAUGAAAUGUUACUCGCUGACUGCCCUCACAAAGAUUUUGAAGAACAUGACUGUGACCACAAUGAAGAUGCUGGUCUUGUGUGCUCAGAGACAGUCAGAUUGAUAAAUGGGAGUGACGCUUGUUCUGGCAGAGUGGAGGUUUUCCACGAUGGCCGAUGGGGGAAACUUUGUAGUAAUAACUGGGGUCUUAAAGAAGCUACAGUCAUAUGCAAGGAGCUCAACUGUGGAGCCCCAAAAAAUUCCAAAGACACCUUCUACUUUGGUGACAGCUCACUGCGAGGGCUCACAAGUAGAUGCUCUGGUAAUGUGAACUCUAUCAGCCAGUGUCAACUUCAAGAACACACAGGACCAUGUGAAGGUGUUUCUCUCGCAUGUGCAGGUCAACCACCGCUAAGGCUUGUGAACGGCAUUGACCGAUGCUCUGGCCGAGUGGAGAUUCUGCAUGACGGCCACUGGGGAACAGUGUGUGAUGAUGAAUGGGACUUCAGAGUUGCUGAGGUGGUGUGCAGAGCCAUAGACUGUGGAACACCUCAGAGAGUUAAACUUGGUGCCUUCUUUGGUGAAGGACAAGGAGUGAUCUGGCUGGAUAAUGUCAACUGUCUGGGUAAUGAGACGUCUCUUGGGCAAUGCAGUCAUCGCUCCUUUGGAGAGAAUAACUGUGGUCAUGGUGAAGAUGCAGGAGUGAUUUGUUCAGCUGCCAUUCGACUAAUCAAUGGGACUGACAUGUGCUCAGGAAGAGUGGAGGUCCACCAUGGGGAACACUGGUCACAAGCAUUUAAUGUUAACUGGGGAAUGAAUGAAGCUGCUGUGGUGUGCAGAGAGAUGAACUGUGGAGAUCCUGUCAAGAUCUCAGAGUCAUUUGGUAAAGGUCGAGCUCUGAGAGGGUACGAGAUUCGCUGUAACGGCAGAGAGAGUUCUCUCACGCAGUGCACGUUUAGAGACCAUACCAGAUCUAUAACCGAUGGUACUGAAGAUGCCUCUGUGGUAUGCUCAGGAAACGUGAGAUUAACCGGUGGAUCCACUCGUUGUGAUGGAAGAGUAGAGAUUUAUGACAAAGGCCAGUGGGGGACUGUGUGUGCUGAAUCCUGGGACAUGAAUGAUGCAGCAGUGGUGUGCAGACAGUUGGACUGUGGGAGGCGUCAUAAGCUUAUUCAGCUUGGCCCUGGUACAGGACAGACCUGGAAUGAUCAAAUUGAAUGCAAUGGAAAGGAGCCUACAUUGAAUCAGUGUCCACAAAGACCAGGUCUGGACAGAACCUGUGACACAACUGUAGUUGCCGGUGUUUCCUGCACAGGGAGCUUGGCAGUGCGGUUGGUUAACAGUACUGAUGAGUGCUCUGGGAGAGUGGAGGUACGUCACGGCGAGCAGUGGCACGCAGUAUGUGACACAGACUGGACUCUAAGUAAAGCUGGAGUGGUGUGCGAGCUGCUGGAGUGCGGACGUGCCAUGAAUGCUUCUGGUGCUGCUUUUUUUGGCCAAGGCAGUGGGUCAGUGGUGGAGGCUAGCACUUCUUGUUUCCACAGCGUGACUUCUCUUCAAGAAUGCUCGGUGAAGGGUUUUACAAGAGAAGUCUGUGGGCAUGAACAUGAUGCCGGUGUUCUCUGUGCUGCACAAGUCCGGUUGGUGGGUGGCUCAAGUGAAUGCUCCGGCAGAGUGGAGGUCUUCUAUAAAGGACAGUGGGGAACUGUGUGUGAUGACGAUUGGGAAAUGAGCGAUGCCGAUGUGGUAUGCAGACAGCUUGAUUGCGGUCAUGCCAUUUCAGCACCUCUAACUGCCCAUUUUGGUAGCGGCUCUGGUCCAGUAUGGCUGGAUAAUGUGGGAUGCUCAGGCCAAGAGUCUGCACUUACUCAUUGUUCACACGAUGGAUUUGGAGAAAAUAACUGUGGGCACGAUGAAGAUGCCAGCGUUAUCUGCUUAGGUGGUCAACAGAAGCCCAAAAUCACAAUAAGUCCUGCUGCAGAGGUUAAGUGGGGUGACAAAGUUGAAAUUACCUGCACGCUAGUAACAGAACGCAUGGGUGGGAGAUUUCUCCUGAAAAAAACCCAAGGGUCAUUUCAAAUGGAAAAAUUCUCAGAUCAUGCAUCUGCAACCUUUGUCUUCCCUAAAGUGGACUUAAGCCAAAAAGGUUCAUACUACUGUGAAUAUCAAAAGGUGUUGGCCAGUGAAGUCAUCUACUAUCCUCAAGGAAAUCCUGCUGAUCUUUCCGUUGUAGAGGGUGUGCUGGUCAUGUGUUGCGGGGAUGAGGACCAGCAUGGCAUCAGAGGCAUCUGCACAGCACACAAUAGUGGGCUACUGGAACAAGAAGGCAUAAGUGGACACCAACAGCUUGAAUGCUACUAUGCAAGUAAUCCCACAGAAGGUGUUACACGAAGAGAACAGAGGAUGUGGUCCCACAUAAACUUCACAAAUAAAAAAUGUCACUGAAGGCCACGUGCAAUUCUAUUCUGAGCAUUUUUUAUUUAAAAAAACUGCAUUUCUAGGACUAGCUCUGAGGAAACUUGAAUACAUGAUAUAUUAUCACACAAGUGUGGGUAAAACCAAAGUAAGAAAAAGAACAAAAAACACCUCUUUAACAGGUUUAGUUGGUUAUGGCAAUGUAGUUGUUGUCACUGUUCCUUUCAGAGCUUAAGGAAGUCCUCC